AUGCAUCCUAAAAAUUUCCUCAUAUUCUUCUUCGUGGCCGUUUGCCACUCGGCAGUAUCAAAAUUUCAGAGAGGAAAGUUUGACACCAAGAAUAAUGAUGCCCGCUCAGUAUCAGUCUUAAAUGCCGCUAAGAGCCAGCCAUCUCUGGUCAGCAAUGGCCUAUCGACUCAACCAAGUGCGAUAGUAACGACAUUUAAAACGAUUGUUAUUACCAGAAACGCAAAAAUUGCUGACCACGAUUUCAAAAUGACACUCGGCUCAGAGGAAGCGAUGUACUACGGAGCCUAA